CUGAAUGGGCCACUUACUUUGUCAGGGCUCCUGGGGGUCCUCUGGGGAGGGAGCAGACUUUGUGUCCAGAGAAGAGAGAGAUUGGAGCGUGUGAAGGAGGCAGUUUAGGGCGGUUCCCAUAGGUGCUAUUUUAAAGCACCUGAGCCUGGGGCAGAAGGUGUGGAGCGCUCGGCAUGUUGGGAAGAUGGGGUUGCAUAUUUCUGAUAGUCUCCUGAGUUUCCAUGGAUCUUCCCAGGACCUGGGGCUAAAAGGAAGAAAACUGUGGGAACCGGAGCUCAGGGGAUCCAUUGGCUUCACUGGGGUGAAGGCUGCCAGAGCCCAGAGCUCUGAGUGCGGGAAGCCUGCUUAUGGAUGUUUGAAAAUACAUCUGUGUGUGCCUGCGGGGGCAUUGGGACUAGGCUGGCUCUAGAGGUCUGUUCCAUUCUACAAGCGACUACUGAGUGCUUGCUGUGUGCGGGAGGGGACCCCAAGACUGGGCCAGGAAGUACCACCCGCUGACCACCAAACAAUGUGGCCCAGGCAGUGGCAGCCGUGACAGUGAGGCGGUGACAGCAGAAUUUGUGGCAAAGGAUGCCCCAGGUCCUGGAGCGUGCAGAGGGCUGCUGGGCCUGGGUAGUGCUGCUGGCCUCCCUGGUGACCCAGGGCCUCACCCUGGGCUUCCCCACAUGCACUGGCAUCUUCUUCACUGAACUGCAGCAUGAGUUCCAGGCCAGCAACAGUGAGACCUCCUGGUUCCCCUCCAUCCUGACAGCCAUGCUCCACGCUGGGGGACCCCUAUGCAGCAUCCUGGUGGGACGCUUUGGCUGCAGAGUGACGGUGAUGCUGGGGGGCGCACUCGCCAGCCUCGGCAUGGUGGCCAGCUCCUUCUGCCACACCCUUAGCCAGCUCUACCUCACGGCAGGAUUCAUCACAGGCCUGGGCAUGUGCUUCAGCUUCCAGUCGAGCAUCACGGUGCUGGGCUUCUACUUCUCCCGCCACCGGGCACUGGCCAACGCACUGGCUUCAGUGGGCGUCUCCCUGGGCAUCACGCUCUGGCCACUGCUCUCCCGCUACCUCCUGGAGAACCUGGGCUGGAGAGGCACUUUCCUCAUCUUCGGCGGGGUCCUUCUCCACUGCUGCGUCUGCGGGGCCAUCCUGAGGCCUGUGGCCACCAGCACGGCCCCUGAGACCAAAGAAGGCCCCCCUCCACCUUCCAAGACAUCUGCACCUGGCUGCCUGGCAGCGUGCGGUGCGGCCAUCCAGCGCCACCUGGCCUUCGACAUCCUGCGGCACAACGCGGGCUACCGAGUGUUCACGCUGGGCGUUAUGUGGAUGAUCCUGGGCUUCCCGCUGCCUCACGUCUUCCUGGUGCCAUACGCCACGCGGCAUGGGGUGGACGAGCACAAGGCGGCCCUGCUCAUCUCCAUCAUCGGCUUCAGCAACAUCUUCCUACGGCCCGUGGCUGGGCUGCUGGCAGGCCGGCGGGACUUUGCUGGCCACCGGAAGUACCUGUUCAGCCUGGCAGCCCUGCUCAAUGGCCUCACCAACCUGGUGUGUGCAGCGUCGGCAGACUUCCGGGUGUUGGUGGUCUACUGCUUGGUGUACAGCGUGUCCAUGAGUGGCAUUGGUGCCCUCCUCUUCCAGGUGCUCAUGGACAUUGUGCCCAUGGAUCGGUUCUCCAGCGCCCUGGGCCUCUUCACCAUCCUGGAGAGCAUCUCCAUCCUUACCUCCCCACCACUGGCUGGGCUCCUCCUCGACACCACCAACAACUUCAGCUACGUUUUCUACAUGUCAAGCUUCUUCCUCAUAUCAGCUGCCCUCUUCAUGGGUGGCAGCUUCUGUGUCCUGCAGAAGAAGGAGAGGCAAGGCAGGCCGGCCGAGGCCGAAGGAGCCGUCACAGAAGUUGCCUCAGAGCAAGGCCUCACAGUGGAGGACCCACGUGGUUCCGAGAAGCAGCUGUACACCGAGAUCACAUAUGUGACCAGCGUCUGAGCCCUGGGGAUCGUGUGUGACCAGCGGCUGAACCCCAGGGUCUUGUGUGUGACCAGUGGCUGAGCCCUGAGGUCAGUGAGUGACCACUGCCUCAGCCUAGGGAUGUGAUAUCCAGCUGCCAGAGGCUGGGGUGAAGGGCUCACCAGGAAGCCUGAACCAAAAGCCCUCCAGGCUCUGUACAUUGGGACUCAGCCAGGAGCUGGGACCUUGGAGGCUGGCCUCCAAAGACUCAGGGUUCCUACCAACCAGCAGAAUCCAGGAGCGGGUCCUCCUGACUUUUCCCCUUGGGUACCGGAGUGAGUCUAAAUCCUCCUCGGCUCAGCUGGCUGCCCAGUAUUGCUGUUGCAACUCAGCACACUAGACCCUCCAGUCUAGCUCAAUGUUUCUGAUGUGAUCUCUUUGUCCUUCUCCGGCCUCCAGACAGUUCCAAAGACCCCACCCCACCUCUGAGGCCCUCCUGCCCCAUUUCUUCUCAAGUGCCCCAGUCUUUGCCUUAGGGCUGCCCACAGCACAGGUUGCUGGGCCUCAUGCUUACUGGAACCUUGGGAAGAAGAACCUCGUGUGAGAAUGAGUUAUGGCCGGUGAUGGUGGAGGGCCAGGCUGAGGGGUUGGCCUGGACGCAGGCUACGGACAGAUGAAAUGUUGGGUAGAAGAGCCAUCCUGGCGUCCGAGCAAAGAACUGGAGGGGAGCCCUUCCUUGGCUUGAGUCCUAGAAUCAGUGUGAGGAGUCCCUGCACACUGAGCAGGGCCUGCUCUAGGGUCUCCCUCCCUCCCUUGCCCUCCCCUCCCCCUGCCCCCCAAUCUUAGCCAUGAACAUUAGUGCUGGGGUAGAUGGAAACCUGACAUUUGACUGAGCAGGGUGGGGAAGGAUUGCUAGGCAGAGCCCAAGGACCUCUGUGAAGACAGGGCUGCUUUUGCAACAGAAGCCCUUUUACUCCUCCCUCCUGUCCUGCUCUCUUUACUGUGUCACAGGUGUCCACCCUGCUCCCUGUUGGCCUGUGCCUGUGACAUGGAGGUCAGUGCUCCCCACAUGCAUACUCUUUUUGCUGGUACCGUGGUCAUCACUUGGGGGCUAGCUGUCAUCAGCCCAAACUUGUCCCAGCAGGAUACCAACUGAGGCAAUGGAAAAAGAGUUUGUUUGAAUUACACACAAAAAUGUUCCUGCCGCAGGUUAUAAACCUGGUGAACUAAUGAAACCGGAAAACAGGCGUAAGUCCUGCCCCUCCCCCUUCAGUUCUCCCUGCUCAGCAGGGGUCCGCUCUGACCCAAGUCCUUGUUUGUUGAUUCAGGCUCAACCAGGCUCCAACAAGAAAGCCUUAUCGGGAAAAUAAAUUUUAUUUUCGUGACCUGA